GACCAGAUGCGGGCCUUUGCCGAGAAGGUCUUUGCAUCCGAGACCAAAGACGAGAACAGCCGUGAUGAGAUCUCCAUGUUUGAUGUGGCUGAAGACUGUCCCAUCCUCCACCAUGAGAUGGCUCACCAUCUGCACACCGACGAUGAUCCUGAGAAACGCAAAAGGCACCAGCUCUCCUCUUCCAUGGUCGUGCCCACAGUUGCUGCCCAGGUAGCUGCAGCCCCUGCAAUGUCAGUAGAUACUCCCACCUACCUAGAAGUGCCUGACUACCAGAGAGUGGCCAUCAUUGGAGACUACGCCUCUGGGGUGACCAUGGAUGACUUCGAGCUAUCCUGUAAAGGUCUGUACCGUGCCUUGAGCAUCAGGGAGAAGUACAUGAGGCUGGCCUACCAGCGCUUCCCACGGACGGCCUCCCAGUUCCUGCGUGAUAUUGAGGGACAGACCUUCAAACCUGAAGAUCAGUUACAGCCAGUCUUCACACCCCCUCCAAAGGACGACGAAGACCCCUUUGAUGCCAAGAACCUGCCAGAGAAUCUGGGCUAUGUUGCUCGUAUGAAGGAUGGUGUUGUCUAUGUGUACAACGAUGUUGCAGCUGCAGACAAACAUCAGCCCAAAGACCUGCCCUGCCCCAACUAUGCUGCCUUCAUAGAUGACAUGAACUUCCUCAUUGCUCUCAUUGCACAGGGUCCAGCUAAGACUUACACUCACCGCCGUCUGAAGUUCCUCAUGUCCAAGUUCAAUGUGCAUGAGAUGCUGAAUGAGAUGGAGGAGCUGAAGGAGCUUAAGAAGAACCCCCACAGGGACUUCUACAACUGUAGGAAGGUCGACACCCACAUCCACGCUGCCGCCUGCAUGAACCAGAAGCACCUGUUGCGCUUCAUCAAGAGAUCUUAUCGUGUGGACGCGGACCGCAUUGUGCACAACCUCAAAGGCCGGGAGGUCACCCUGAAGGAGCUCUUUGAGUCUCUCAACCUGCACCCUUAUGACCUCACUGUGGAUUCGCUGGAUGUGCACGCUGGUAGACAAACCUUCCAGCGUUUUGAUAAGUUCAAUGCUAAGUACAAUCCUGUGGGAGCCAGCGAGCUGCGUGAUUUGUACCUAAAAACAGAGAAUCGCAUCAAUGGAGAGUACUUUGCCACCAUCAUCAAGGAAGUAGCCAGCGACCUGGAAGAAGCUAAGUUCCAGUAUGCUGAGCCUCGUCUGUCCAUCUAUGGCUCCAACCCCAACGAGUGGAACAAGCUCGCCGGCUGGUUUGUCAAGCACAGAGUCUUCUCCCCAAACCUCAAAUGGAUGAUUCAAGUUCCCAGAAUCUAUGACAUCUUUAGAGGCAGGAACUUUGUCCCACACUUUGGCAAAAUGUUGGAGAACGUUUUCCUUCCCGUGUUCCAGGCCACCAUCGAUCCACAGUCCAACCCAGAGCUCAGCAUCUUCCUCAAACAUGUGACAGGUUUCGACAGCGUGGAUGACGAGUCCAAACACAGUGGCCACAUGUUCUCCACUAAGAGCCCCAAACCACAGGAGUGGGACAUAAACAAGAACCCCUCCUACACCUACUACAUCUACUACAUGUAUGCCAACAUUGCUGUGCUCAACCAGCUCCGCAGACAGAGAGGGAUGAACACAUUCCUGUUCAGGCCUCACUGUGGUGAGGCCGGUGCAAUCACCCACCUGCUGGCUGCCUUCAUGACAGCCGAUAACAUCUCUCACGGCCUCAACCUCAAGAAGAGUCCUGUGCUGCAGUACCUGUAUUUCCUGGCCCAGAUUCCCAUUGCCAUGUCGCCUCUCAGUAACAACAGCCUGUUCCUGGAAUAUGCCAAGAACCCCCUGCUGGAGUUCAGCAAGAAAGGCUUGGUGGUUUCACUGUCCACCGAUGACCCCAUGCAGUUCCACUACACCAAGGAACCCCUGAUGGAAGAGUAUGCCAUUGCAGCCCAGGUCUUCAAGCUCAGCACCUGCGACAUGUGUGAGAUCUCCAGGAACAGUGUGCUGCAGAGCGGCAUGUCUCAUGAGGAGAAGACCCUAUACCUGGGACAGGACUACCUGAAGGAGGGUCCAGAAGGCAAUGACAUCCGCAAGACUAAUGUGGCCCAAAUCCGUAUGGCUUAUCGUUUUGAGACUCUGUGCUAUGAGCUCAACCUCAUCAAGGAGGGCCUGGAGUAAUUCUUGGACAAGAAGAGACCAACCUUCUAACACACUGAUGUUCUCUCGACGAGGAGGAAG